AUCAGUAACAAUUGACAAAAAAUUACAUAUAAAACGAUCAUUUUUCAUUAUUAUUAAAUAAAAAACUGUAUUAAAAUAAAUAAAUUUAUAAUUGGGUUUUAGUUCUGUAACGGCCAUCAAUGAUGUUGAAGUUUGCAAUAAUUUUCGCCUUGCUGGUGAUAGCUGUGUUAGGUUCAAAUCCUCCAGAUAUUAGUCCUAAUUUAGCAGAAAGAAAUCCAUUACCUUGGGAUCCUCGUUUUCCUCCUGGUUUGAAACAUAUUACUCAUGAUUUUAUUAGAAAGCACUUAGUUCCUCAACUUCGGUCUGAAAUAAGAGAAAUAAUUAAAUUGAUAUUAAGACAACUACAACAGAUAAUUCCUUAUCCGAUUUAUGAAGCCGCAAUUCCAGAACCUUUAAGAGAGAUAGCGUACUAUAAUGUGCCAUUAGAUAACAAACUCGGGAAGUAACCAGCUAAUGCAGAUAUCCGUUACGUUAUGAAGAAUUAAUGUUCAAUAGAGUUCAAUACCAUAAAUUAAACAACAUUUCAUUGUAGAUAUUCGCAAUGAAUUUAAAUGAUCAAUAAAAAUAUUUAAAUUG